AUGGCUGGUUACUGGUCUGCCAUUGCUCCUGGUCUUGAUCCAUGUUCAGCUUGUGGAAAAGCACUUAACAAAUACUCGAUCUUUCGCUACGAAAACUACCCACUAAAUAAUAAAGGACCAAUUACUGAUGAUAAAUGCCAAGUGGAAUAUUUAUUCAGUUAUUACGUUAAUACAGGCAACUCAAAAGAAAUGGCUUUAGAUACAACUUGUAAAUCCACUGAAAAUGGAUGCAUUACUAAUCAUGUUAUAGAAGCUUAUACAGAAGUGAGUAAUGCCUGUAAUGCUCAAUUGAAUACGUAUAACAAUGGCAAUAAUGAUAUGGCUGGAAUGAUAGCUGAAAGAACUAUGUUUGAAUUUUAUGUUGCUCAACCCAUGAGGAGUUAUUACUGUAGUAAAUCAGGGAACGAAUAUUGCUACAUCAAAAACAACGAACCAUAUGUGGAAGCAAAUUACAAAACUGCAAUAAAUCCAUAUAAUCUAAAUCGUUUUGCAAAGCUUUUCAAAAAUAAUGAAUGCUCCAUAAAACUUCAUGCCGAAUUCAAAGACUAUUUCUCAACACCUCCUGCAAAUCCCAAUUUGCUAAAAAUUUUUAAUGUCGUUGAUUCUGCUAUAAAAAAUUUUGCCCCCUCACCCACUCCCACUAAUAAUCCCAGUAACAAUCCCGACACCAGUCACACUUCUGGCACCAGCGCCAGUCCUACUAGCACUAAAUUUUCCACUUUGCCUCCCUCUCCCACAUCACCACCACCGCCAACAUCAAAGGGACUCAAUAUUAUAUCGGUUUUUGGAGCAGUUUUUGUGGUAGUCGGCUUUGUGGUAGCAAAAGUUGGCAUGUCGAAAACCAACACUAACUCAACAGUAAAUUCCCCCGUAAAUGCAAAUAUUCCUGCAGAUACAGCAAAUAUUCCUGCAGAUACAGCAAAUAUUCCUGCAGAUAAGAGAAAUAUUCCUGUAGAUAAGGAAAAUAUUCCUGCAGAUACAACAAAUAUUCCUAUAGAUACAGUAAAGAUUCCUGUAGAUAUAGAACCUUAUGUUAUGCCUGUCAAAAAACCUAUUUCUCAACAACCAACUAAAAAGGCAGUUACUCGUCAAUCACCAUCGAUAUAUGAUAUCUUCCAUACCCUUCAAUUUUUUGUAACCGUGGCUCUAGUUUCUUUGAUCCAUCUUUCAGAUAAUUAUCGGAAUUUGGCAUCUCAACUUGGAUGGUCAUUUGGUUUGCCAAAUGGUCUAGACAUUAAAUUUCUGUCUGAUAUUGCAGAUGAGAAAAUACGAAGUGCAAUAUGCUAUAUUAUUGAUACUACUUAUAUCAGUAUAACUAGCACACUGGGAACCGAUCCAGAAUUAACUAGUAGGACUGGGUUCGGGAGUUAUGCAAAGGCGUUAAAUAUUCCAGCAUAUAACUUAUUUUUUGUUAUGCUUAUCACAUUCUGUUCUGCAAUGGCAAUUGCAGCUGUUAUUGCAUCAUUGGCUGGGUUGGCUGCAUGGUUGUGUAAAUUCUUAUGGAAAAAAUGGCCUAUCUUAAAAACGGUAGCAAAUAAUAUUCACUUUUUGGUGCUUGGUGGAAUUCUACGUGUAGUAAGUAUUAAAUAA